AUGUUUCGCCAAGAAGUCAGUGUGACGUCUUUUAUUCCGUCUUGUUCGUAUCUUUUCCAACCCGAGAAGAGGAAUAUGUCCCGGUAUAACAUUUACAGCCUGUUGGACUGGAUCUACGGCGGGGUGGACCCGAAGUUUGAGGGUAACGGGGGGCCCGAGUGUGCGGCUUUCAUCGGCCCCCAGCAGCGCGUGGUGGAGAGCUUUGUCAUCAUCCUCAUCUCUCUGUUGGAGAUCGGCGCGGCGCUGAAGAAAAUCAACUUGUCCAAAGAGUUCAGACUUGUCGGCGGAGACUGCGUGAGGACGAAGGAGGACAGUCUGGGCAAGAACCUGUUGCUGGUGGCUCUUUGCAUGACUUUUGGUGUAGAAGUUGGGUUCAAGUUUGCCACUAAGACUGUGAUCUAUCUUCUGAACCCCUGCCAUGUGGUCACCAUGAUUCAGAUCUUCCUGCUGGCCUGCCCACCAUGUAAAACAGCAAUGGUUGUCUUUAGGCUGCAUGUCCACAUGUUGAAUGGAGCACUGCUGGCGUUAAUGUUCCCUGUCGUCAACACCAGGCUGCUUCCCUUUGAGAAGGAGAUCUACUACAUCCAACACUCCAUGAUGUACUUGGUGCCUGUUUACCUUAUGAGGAAAGGAGGUGUGUACCGACCCGAACCGCUGAGGGACACAAGGUGGACGGUGCUGGCCAACGGCAUCCUGUUCUUCUACCAUUUCACCUUCCUGCAGGUCCUUGGCCUGGCGACGGAGGUCAACCUGAACAACAUGCUGUGUCCGGCCGUGUCCGAUCCCUUUUACGGGCCUUGGUACCGGGUGUGGGCGACGGGCCACCAGACCCUGCUGACGCUCCUCCAUGGAAAGCUCCUCACGUUGCUCUCGCAGCACAGCGGCUCUGCCUGCAGCUGCCUGCUGGACAUGCUGCGACCGCGCAGCAAGAAGGUGGACUAGCUGUCCUCAGAGCUGCAGACCCAGCCGGCUCUCAGCGCCGAGGUUCCAUUUUAAAUCGACAUUUGAACGGGUCGUUUAGGACGUUCUGUUGAGACGGCGGGAGAAUCCCCAGGCCAGUAACUCAACAUGCCGUCACUCGAUGGCUCAAAAUACAUACUUGCAUGUACAAUUUAGCAUUUCAAAUCUAGCUCUCAAGAAGCUGGCCGCGUGUUUUAUGGGAAUCCAGUUUUCAUCCAGGUUUGUUCUAAAUGUAAACGUUUUAAGGACCGAAACGUGGAAAUGCGAAGCUGAACAUCACCUGCUGUCUGUAAGGCGCUGCUUUUUAGUUCCCUAUGAAUUUAGUUAAGCUCUUAUUUUAGUGUUGUUUUUAUUUGUCUCAAGUGUGCUUUGGAGCAGAUAAAUGUGAGCUGUUUUAAAAUUUCCUGCUUCUUUCUGAAGCAAGAAUUUAAAUGUUCUUUUAAUGUGGGGGGGGCUAAGAGUUCAGAAUGGGAAAUAUAGUUUUUAAACUGCUUUUACCUGUCAGUCUCCAGCCUGUCCAGCACAUUCCAGUGAUGUUAAUCAGUAGAUAUGAGGACCUAAUAUAUGCUGGAAGUGAAGGCGAUAAAUGAGGAAUGAAUGGAUGCAAUCUGGGUUGUUGAGUUUUAGCUGUCUGUGUUUUUGUGUUGUUUGACUUUGUUAGGAUAAAUAAUGUUGCCAAUAUGAGGCAGAAUGAAUGUCUCAGGUGGAACUGGAGCACCUUGUAAAAGUAUUUAUUCCCACCUUAUCUUUAUUAUGUUACAACCUGCAAAUUUUAUUGUU